AAAGAUGAUAAUGAAAAUUGAAAACCUUAAAAAAAAGUACCGAAAAGUUAAAAACAUAAACAAGGACGUUCAGGUUUGAGCCUUUAGUCUCCCAAGGAAUAAACUAUCAUAACAAUCUCUCAGCAAUUGCUUGAAUGAUAAUAACCAUUCUUUAGAAAGUCCAAAACAGCACAAGCAAGGAAAAAAAAAACAUAAACAUAAAUAAACGUGUUAAAUCGAACCAUACCAUCUACAUAGGGAUUCCGAAUUCUCUCUUUACUCUGGUUCGAGGAGUCCAACAUCUCAGGAUUCUUUUUCGUUGUUGUUUCUCUUUCUUACCAGGUAACAACGGUUUUCCCUAAGCCUUUUAUUUCUUUUUUUUUUUCCUUCCCUUCUUUUUCCGGUGAAGAAGGACCGAUUACUUUUUUGACUUAGAUUUGAAGAGAAACCCAGAAUUUCUGGAUUUCAAUUCUGGGGUUUUCAGUCUCGUGGGCAUUUUGCUCUUCCAUUAAGUUUCAGGGUUUGGUAUUUUGUGUGUGGGAGCUUUAUUAGACCACUUUGUGUAUCUCUACUUUGAUUUGUACUCUGCAAAAGGGAUUAAGCUUUGUUGAAACUCGUAGAGAUAUUGGGGAUCUGGAUAUUGAAAAUGAGAGCAAUAGCUAUGCCGAUCAGACAUUUUGGGUCGGUUUUUCGACAUCAAAGGAAUGGUUAUUCGAGUGGUUUAGUGAGGCAUAGAAGGAAGUUGAUAGACAUCAACUCUGGAUUUGUUUAUAAGCUCACAGACAAUGUUGAAACCCACCGAUUUCGAGACCCCGGUUUUAUGAUCUCAAGAGCUUUCUCUGUUGAGGCAGUUAAAGUUUCAAACGGAGAUACGAACCGAGCAGGGCCUCUUAUAGAGUAUGAACGAAGGAUUGCCUCUGGCGAACUUGUUGAUGGUGAUACCUGCCAGCUAGGCACGUUAAGAGAGCUCCAAAGGCUCUAUGAUGAGCUUGUUGAGUCAGCUGAUGCCUGCCGGUUGGAUCGGUACACCGCAUCUGAGAAAGCUGGAAGGAGUAGGUGGCUAUGGUCUCGUUUCAUGCCGCAGUCUAUGUAUGCACCUGUUAAAGGUCUAUAUCUAUAUGGAGGAGUGGGCACUGGAAAAACCAUGUUGAUGGACUUGUUUUUCGACCAAUUGCCAGAUAGUUGGAGGAAGAAAAGGAUUCAUUUUCACGACCUCAUGUUGAAUGUCCAUAGCCGAUUGCAAAAGCACAAGGGUGUGGCAGAUCCACUUGAAGUUGUUGCAGCAGAGAUAUCGGAUGAAGCCCUUUUAUUGUGUCUAGAUGAAUUCAUGGUGACUGAUGUUGCUGAUGCAUUAAUCCUAAACCGUCUGUUCAGACACUUGUUCAGCAAUGGUAUUAUUCUUGUUUCGACUUCAAAUCGCGCUCCAGACAAAUUGUACGAAGGUGGAUUGCAACGGGAUCUUUUCCUGCCAUUCAUUGCCACUUUGAAGGAAAGGUGUGUAGUUCAUGAAAUCGGCUCAUCUGUAGACUAUCGAAAAAUGACUUCCGCUAAGCAAGGGUUCUACUUUGUUGGUAAAGAUUUGUCUGAUGUUCUUAUGCAAAAAUUUGAAGAAUUAAUUGGCGAACACAAAGCUUAUCGACAAGAAGUGGAAGUAGUGAUGGGAAGGACGCUACAGGUUCCACUGGGUGCAAACGGAUGUGCAUAUUUUCCAUUCGACGAACUCUGUGAUAGACCUCUUGGGGCUGCAGAUUAUUUUGGAUUAUUCAAGAAGUUUCAUACCCUGGCAUUAGAUGGCGUUCCAAUUUUCGGUCUCCACAACAGGACAGCAGCAUAUCGAUUUGUCACUUUAGUUGAUGUGAUGUAUGAUAGCAAGGCCAGAUUUCUAUGUACAGCUGAGGGGAGUCCACUUGAACUUUUCAACAGAAUUGUGACGAUCGCUGAUGCUCAAAGUAUUGCACCUAGAACCUCUUCAAGGUCAAGGAAAAAUGACGAUUCCGACCUCUGUGUCGACAACGAAUUGGGCUUUGCAAAAGAUCGCACGAUCAGUAGGUUAACAGAGAUGAAUAGCAAAGAAUACUUAGAACAGCAUUCUGCCAUAUUAGCCGAGCAGCCGUCGUCGAUGCAGGGCGUCAGUUAAGAUCCAUUACUGGAUAUGCAUGAUACAGAAUGGAAGAUACAAACAAUGAUACUGUACCUCAGAGUUGCUGAAAUCGAAUGGCAUAUCACAAGUAGCAAUGUGCCUUUUUGAAUAUACGUUUCAGUAAAUCUAUUACUUGUUACUCUAAUAAGAUUUAAGCUGUUUUAUCCGUAUAUGUGAAUGUAAUAAACAGCUUAUGCAAUCAGUGAUGCACUAGUUUUACCCUCCAAUUCUUAUUGAUAAAUAAUAAUUACGA